AGAGGCGGGCGCGCCGGCUGGCUGCUGGCUGGGGAGCCGGCGGCGGUGGUGGCGGCGGCUGCGGCGGCGGGUGGCCGGCCAAGCGUGUGCCGGGUGGGAGAAGACGGGCGGCGGCGAUGCUGCCGCCUCCCUAAGGAGCCCCGAGGAGGUUGCUGCGCUUGAAGCCCCAGAAAGCGCGGAAGAACUGCGAGCUGGGUCGGUGGCUUCGGGCGCCUGCCCGGCCAUGGUGGCCGCGGGCGGUGGUUGGCGCGGCAGCGCUGCGGCCCGGGGCCGUUCGGGGCCGGGACAGUCGUGGCGCUGACGCCCGAGGGGCCCAGCCACAGAUAUGAAGCGGAGCCGCUGCCGCGACCGACCGCAGCCGCCACCACCAGCCGCCUGCAGGGAGGAUGGGGCUCAGCGGGCGGCGGAGCUGCCCCAACCCCAGCCCUUGCCGUCGCGCCGGCGAGCGCCUCCUGGGAGGCAGCUACUGGAGGAGCGGACCGGGCCCUCGGGCCCCGAGGUGAAGGAGCAGGAUGUGAUAACUGGACUUAGUCCCCUGCUUUUCAGGAAGCUCAGUAAUCCUGACCUGUUUUCAUCCACUGGAAAAGCUAAACUUCAACGACAACUUAGUCAGGAUGACUGUAAGUUGCGGAGAGGAAGCCUGGCCAGUUCUCUGUCAGGUAAGCAGCUGCUCCCCUUGUCCAGCAGUGUACAUAGCAGUGUGGGACAGGUGACUUGGCAGUCUUCAGGAGAAGCAUCAAACCUGGUUCGAAUGAGGAACCAGUCUCUUGGACAAUCUGCACCUUCUCUUACUGCCAGCUUGAAGGAGUUGAGCCUUCCAAGAAGAGGCAGCUUAAUCUCUACUCUUUGCCGAGGAUCUGAAGUAAACCAGCACAUGUUUUCACCCACAUCGGCUCCAGCUCUUUACUUCACUAAAAUCCCAUUUAGUGCUGAUUGUGCUUUGGCUACUUCUCCUCUUGCCUUUUUCCUGAACCCACAAGUUCACAGCAGUCCUGGCAGUCCCUGUUCCAGCCGCCCACUGCAGUGGAGUUGUCGGACAAGUAACCGUAAGAGUUUGAUUGUGACCUCUAGCACAUCACCUACGCUACCACGGCCACACUCACCACUCCAUGGCCACACAGGUAACAGUCCUUUGGAUAGUCCCCGGAAUUUCUCUCCAAAUGCACCUGCUCACUUUUCUUUUGUUCCUGCCCGUAGCCAUGGCCACAGAGCAGACAGGACUGAUGGACGGCGCUGGUCUUUGGCCUCUUUGCCCUCUUCAGGCUAUGGAACCAACACUCCUAGCUCUACUGUCUCAUCAUCAUGUUCCUCACAGGAAAAGCUUCACCAGUUGCCCUUCCAGCCUACAGCUGAUGAGCUGCACUUUUUGACGAAACAUUUCAGCACAGAGAGUGUACCAGAUGAGGAGGGACGGCAGUCCCCAGCCAUGCGGCCCCGUUCUCGCAGCCUCAGUCCUGGACGGUCCCCAGUUUCCUUUGACAGUGAAAUAAUAAUGAUGAAUCAUGUGUACAAAGAAAGAUUUCCCAAGGCCACCGCACAAAUGGAAGAGCGUCUUGCAGAAUUCAUUUCCUCCAACACUCCAGACAGUGUGUUGCCCUUGGCAGAUGGAACCUUGAGCUUUAUUCAUCAUCAGGUGAUUGAGAUGGCCCGAGACUGCCUGGAUAAAUCUCGGAGUCGUCUCAUUACAUCACACUACUUCUAUGAGCUUCAAGAGAAUUUAGAGAAACUUCUGCAAGAUGCUCAUGAGCGCUCAGAGAGUUCAGAAGUGGCUUUUGUGAUGCAGCUGGUGAAGAAGCUGAUGAUUGUCAUUGCCCGCCCAGCUCGGCUCUUGGAAUGCCUGGAGUUUGACCCUGAAGAGUUCUACCACCUGUUAGAAGCAGCCGAGGGCCAUGCCAAAGAGGGACAAGGGAUUAAAUGUGACAUUCCCCGCUACAUCGUUAGUCAACUGGGCCUCACACGGGAUCCCCUAGAGGAAAUGGCCCAGUUGAGCAGCUAUGACAGUCCUGACACUCCAGAGACAGAUGAUUCAGUUGAGGGCCGUGGGGCAUCUCUGACUAAAAAGACACCCUCUGAAGAGGAUUUUGAGACCAUUAAGCUCAUCAGCAAUGGCGCCUAUGGGGCUGUAUUCCUGGUGCGGCAUAAGUCCACUCGGCAGCGCUUUGCCAUGAAGAAGGUCAACAAGCAGAACUUGAUCCUACGGAACCAGAUCCAGCAGGCCUUCGUGGAGCGUGACAUACUGACUUUUGCCGAGAACCCCUUUGUCGUCAGCAUGUUCUGCUCCUUUGAGACCAAGCGCCACCUGUGCAUGGUGAUGGAGUAUGUGGAAGGAGGAGACUGUGCUACUCUGCUGAAGAACAUCGGGGCCCUGCCUGUGGACAUGGUGCGUCUGUACUUCGCAGAAACCGUGCUAGCCCUGGAGUACUUACACAACUAUGGCAUCGUGCAUCGUGACCUCAAGCCUGACAACCUCCUGAUUACAUCCAUGGGGCACAUCAAGCUUACUGACUUUGGCCUUUCUAAAAUUGGCCUCAUGAGCCUGACAACAAACUUGUAUGAGGGCCACAUUGAAAAGGAUGCCCGGGAGUUCCUGGACAAGCAGGUAUGCGGGACCCCGGAGUACAUUGCGCCUGAGGUGAUCCUGCGUCAGGGCUAUGGGAAGCCAGUGGACUGGUGGGCGAUGGGCAUAAUCCUGUAUGAGUUCCUGGUGGGUUGCGUCCCUUUCUUUGGAGAUACUCCGGAGGAGCUCUUUGGGCAAGUGAUCAGUGAUGAGAUUGUGUGGCCUGAGGGGGAGGAUGCACUGCCGCCAGAUGCCCAAGACCUCACCUCUAAACUGCUCCACCAGAACCCUCUGGAGAGAUUGGGUGCAGGCAGUGCUUCUGAGGUGAAGCAGCAUCCGUUCUUUACUGGUCUGGACUGGACAGGACUUCUUCGCCAGAAAGCUGAAUUUAUUCCUCAACUGGAGUCAGAGGAUGAUACCAGCUACUUUGACACCCGCUCCGAGCGCUACCACCACGUGGACUCAGAGGAUGAGGAAGAAGUGAGUGAGGAUGGCUGCCUGGAGAUCCGCCAGUUCUCAUCGUGCUCUCCAAGGUUCAGCAAGGUGUACAGUAGCAUGGAGCGGCUGUCCCUGCUUGAGGAGCGCCGGGCACCACCCCCCACCAAGCGCAGCCUGAGUGAGGAGAAGGACGACCGCUCUGAUGGCCUGGCAGGGCUGAAGGGCCGAGACCGGAGCUGGGUGAUUGGCUCCCCUGAGAUAUUGCGGAAGAGGCUGUCAGUGUCAGAGUCAUCCCACACGGAGAGCGACUCAAGCCCUCCACUGACAGUGCGACGCCGCUGCUCAGGUCUCCUGGAUGCUCCUCACUUCCCUGAGGGCCCUGAGGAGGCUAGCAGCACCCCCAGGAGGCAGCAGCUGGAGGGUACAUGGCUUCUGACACCCCCAUCUGGAGAAGGGGUAUCUGGGCCUGUCCCUGAACGGCCAGUAGAGCGGCGACUGAAGCUAGAUGAGGAGCCUGUUGGCCAGAGCUGCAGCUCCAGUCCAGCUCUGGAGACUCGAGGAGGCCGUGGGACCCCACAGCUGACUGAGGGAGCCACAGCCAAGGCCAUCAGUGACCUGGCGGUACGCAGGGCCCGCCACCGACUGCUCUCCGGGGACUCAGCAGAAAAGCGCACCACUCGCCCCAUCAACAAAGUGAUCAAGUCCGCCUCAGCCACAACCCUGUCCCUCCUCAUUCCUACAGAACACACCUGCUCUCCAUUGGCCAGCCCCAUGUCCCCACAUUCCCAGUCAUCCAACCCGUCAUCCAGGGACUCUUCUCCAAGCAGGGACUUUUUGCCAGCCCUCAGCAGCUCGAGGCCCCCCAUCGUCAUCCACCGAGCUGGCAAGAAGUAUGGCUUCACCUUGCGGGCCAUCCGUGUCUACAUGGGUGACUCAGACGUCUACACUGUGCACCACAUGGUGUGGGUAUGUCUGGCCAUCCAGACCUGUUGUCUCCCAGUUUUGUCAUUGUUCUGCCUUCCCCCUAUCAGGGCCUGUCUGUCCCUGCUUCUUUCCCUGCCUAAACUAUCCUCAGGGUAUAAAGUGGGGGUGGGGAACAGCAGAACCAGGCCCUACACUUUACACUCAGGCUCCAGGCUGAGGACUGUUAUCUCCCUGGGGCAGCACGUGGAGGAUGGAGGUCCAGCCAGUGAGGCAGGGCUUCGUCAGGGUGACCUCAUCACUCAUGUCAACGGGGAGCCUGUGCAUGGACUGGUGCACACAGAAGUGGUGGAGCUGAUUCUGAAGAGUGGAAACAAGGUGUCUAUUUCAACAACGCCCUUGGAGAACACAUCCAUUAAAGUGGGGCCAGCUCGGAAGGGCAGCUAUAAGGCCAAGAUGGCCCGAAGGAGUAAGCGGAGCCGGGGCAAAGAUGGGCAAGAAAGCAAAAAAAGGAGCUCCCUGUUCCGGAAGAUCACCAAGCAGGCAUCCCUGUUGCACACCAGCCGUAGCCUUUCCUCCCUUAACCGCUCCUUAUCAUCAGGGGAGAGCGGGCCAGGCUCUCCUACACACAGCCACAGCCUUUCCCCCCGAUCUCCCACUCAGGGCUACCGGGUGACCCCUGAUGCUCUGCAUUCAGUGGGAGGAAAUUCAUCACAGAGCAGCUCCCCCAGCUCCAGCGUGCCCAGUUCUCCAGCCGGCUCUGGGCACACACGACCCAGCUCCCUGCACGGCCUGGCACCCAAGCUCCAGCGCCAGUACCGCUCUCCGCGGCGCAAGUCGGCCGGCAGCAUCCCUCUGUCACCGCUGGCCCAUACCCCUUCCCCACCGCCAGCAGCUUCACCCCAGCGCUCCCCAUCACCCCUGUCUGGACAUGGAGCCCAGGCCUUCCCCACCAAGCUUCACUUGUCGCCUCCUCUGGGCAGGCAGCUCUCACGACCCAAGAGUGCAGAGCCGCCCCGCUCACCACUACUUAAGAGGGUACAGUCAGCUGAGAAACUGGCAGCUGCGCUUGCUGCUUCCGAGAAGAAGCUAGCCACUUCUCGGAAGCAUAGCCUUGACCUGCCCCAUCCCGAGCUAAAGAAGGAACUGCCGCCCAGGGAAGUCAGCCCUCUAGAGGUGGUUGGGACCAGGAGUGUGCUGUCUGGGAAAGGGUCACUGCCAGGGAAGGGGGUGCUGCAGCCUUCUCCCUCAUGGGCCCUAGGCACUCUCCGACAGGACCGGGCUGAACGGCGAGAGUCGCUGCAGAAGCAGGAAGCCAUCCGUGAGGUUGACUCUUCAGAGGAUGAUGCCGAGGAGGGGCCGGAGAACAGCCAAGGUGUACAGGAACCGAGCUUGGCACCAAGUCCAGAAGUGGGCCGGGACCCACCCCUCAGAGGAGCAGGAGAGGGUGAGGAAGAGGAUGCCUUCUUGUCUAGGGACCCCAAGAACCAGGGCUCAGCGGCCCCAGGCCUGUUGACAGAGAUCACACUGAAGGAUCCCGGAAUGGAAGGCCCUAGUGUCCCCCAGAGGAGGCUUGGGAUCCCACAAGCCUUUGAGGAGGCUGCCAGCUCCUCAUCACCGGCCCCCAGCCUAGGUAAGGCUGGACCCACAGACCCUAUCCCUCCUGAAGGCUGCUGGAAGGCCCAGCACUUCCAUACCCAGGCACUAACAGCACUUUGUCCUAGCUCUUCAGGACUUCUCCCUACCAGUCCCUCUGCUGUCGCCUCGACCUCUGGAGAGCCAGGCCCAUGGGCCUGGAAAUUUCUUAUUGAGGGUCCAGACAGGGCAUCCCCAAGCAGAAAGGCAACAAUGGAAGGUGGGAUGGCCAGCUCCCAGGAUUUGGAAACCAUAACUCCAGUCCACUCAGAGAACCUGUCUCCCAGACAGGAGGUGAAGUCAUGGCCACCUGGUGUCCCUGGGCCGGUCCAUCCACCUUGUGAGUUUCCCCGCCAAACCUGGCUGUGGGAGCCCGAGUGUGCACAAAUAGAGAAAGAGGAGCCAGCCCUGGGCAUCACCAAAGUGCCUGAUGCCUCAGGUGAUAGGAAGCAGGACAUUCCACGCAGAAGCUGCCCUCUCACCCAGGAGCCUGGGCCCAGCCUGCUCCAGAGAGGCCGAGACCCAGCAGGCCCUCAAAACCAUCAGGACUUGGCAUUGGUGCCUGAUGAGCUUUUAAAGCAAACCUAACAGUCGUUUGCCAUUUCUUGCACUCAGAUCUGUGUAAUACAUGCUCUUGGAAACCA